AUAAUUUGAAAACAUGACAAACUCGAACGGGCGCCCCGUGCAACAACGCCAAGUAAUUGCCUAAAGUAACUCGCCGCGAAUUAAGUGCAGCUCUAAAGUGCACUGGUCAUUGUUGUAAAUUUGUGAACGUGUGUGUCGGGAACGCAGAACGCGUUCAAGUCUUAGUCAAAUGAUUUUCAAAUUAUUCGAGGAAAAUUUAUUAAAAAAUAACGUAAUGCACACGAAAUUAAUACGCACAUAACGUAUAAUGCCCGAUUCAACAACGAAAAAGACUAACGCCGCUGACACCGACGCCGGCGAGGCAGCGCCAGCAGCAGCGCCAGAAGCAGCAGCGGAAAAGGCUGCGUCAUCGUCAAAUGCGCCGUCAGCCGCAGCCGAUGCAUCAACAGCGGCGUCCGAAUCAAAAGUCCAAACGGAGCAGGAAAAGAAGAAGGAGCCGCUAUGUCUAGAGAACGCCACGCCGGAGGCGGUGCCUCUGCAUCUGCGCGAAAUGCUGAGCCUGUUUAGCCAUCGCAAGCUAUCUGCCGCCGAGCUGCUAAUGCUGCUCAUCUAUUUGGUCGCAUUGGAGUCCGGAUUUGUGGAGAACCAAAGCUAUUUGGAGAAGCGUUCACUGCUGAAGCCAGUGCCGGCGGUUGGUUGUUUUCAUCUCUUUAAUGUGCGUCUGCUUAGCCAUCUGCCGACACACUACACCAGGGAAUUCGAGGACACGGCGUUUCGGAUGCUCUUACGCACCUUGCUGGACAGCAAAAGCGCGGAGGAGCCGCCCCUGAUGACUGCGCUACAGUCAAGUCUUAUUGCCAUUGUGCUGGGCGAUCUGAUGGUGGUAACACUUAGCCCGGUGGCGCCGUCAAAGGAGCGUGGCUUUAGCACUUGUCUGUCCAUUGGACGUUUUGUGCUCAAUGUGCAACUAGAGCCGAUUUAUCAGCGCUUUUGCAAGCUGGACGAGCUCUCGUUACAGUUGCGCCAAAAUCUCUUUCAGCCGAUGCGGGCCCAGCAACUUAUGGCCUUAGAUCUACAUCCGCAUCCCUCGCUGCUCGGAUUACCCAGCGAAGUGUACGAUGAGAUCUUUAAGCAUCUGAACAGGAAUCAGCUUAACAUUUUGGCAAAUGUGAAUUGGAAGCUUUGCAACUAUAAAAAACAGUUCAAAGACCGUCGUCAACAUUAAUUUAGACCAUAUUCGAUACUGUUACUUUUUAAAUUAUAUGUGAAAGCCGAAAGUAUUGGUACAUAUGCUUUAAGCUUAAAGUACUGAAUACUCAAGCUUUUAAAUAAUAUCAUGACUCUUUAUAUCUGAAUAACCCAAGAGUUUUUCGUAUAUAUUAUGUGAAUCAAAUUUGAAUUUGUUACAAAAUUUAAACGCAAUAAACUUGCCAAAUUGAAUUUGUGAGAAUCGCAUAGUAGGGCGAUAUUUAAACUUUUUUUAAUUUGCAACGGAAGUCCGGGUGGUUCUUAAGAAACUAACUAAACUAAGUGAGUGUUCCUUAUAAGAUAUAUAAUGUAAGCAUACGAAGCUUUUAAGGUUAAGACUGUACUUUGAUCAUUUCCUUAUAAGUCUGUUAUGUAUGGAAUAAGAUAAAAAG